AUGGGUUCCCUGCCGCAAACCACACAGACCUUUGAUGUUCUCAUCAUUGGUGCUGGUCUUUCUGGUCUCUGCUCCCUCUAUCACAUCCGGAAGCAGUUCCCCGACUGGAGGGUCAAGGUUCUUGACGCAGCCCCUGAUGAGCUUCUCGAUGAGUGGCACUGGAAGGAAACAUUUUCCGCACAGCCAGACACCCACAAAUACAUUGCGCACUUUGCUGAAAAACACAACCUGUACAAGGACGUCCAAUCCAACACCACCAUCAAGGAGGCUUCGUGGAGCGACCAAGACAAGACAUGGACAUUUAUCGAUGAAGCUGGCAACCGAUAUGUGACGACCUUCUUCAUCAGCUGCAUGGGCUUUCUCUCCGCCCCAACGCUCCCUGCGAUUGAAGGUAUUGAGGACUUCCAAGGAAAGCUCUUCCAUACCUCGCGCUGGCCAAAAGAUCUCGACAUCAGCCGCGACUUUGCUGGAAAGCGCGUCGGCGUCAUUGGCACGGGCGCAACCGGCAUUCAGAUCAUUACAGAACUCUCCAAGCAGCCCAGCGUUGCGUCUGUCAACGUCUUUCAGCGCACGGCGAACUGGUCCGCUCCACUGCGCAAUUCGCCAAUCUCGCUCGAGGAGAUGAACAAGCUCAAGAAAGAGUACGAUGCAAUUUUUAAAAUCUGUGCUGAGAGUUCGUCUGGCUUCAUGCAUCAAGCUGACCCUCGAAAGUCGUCUGAGGUGACGGACGAGGAGCGCCUUGCUCACUGGGAGAAGCUCUACAAUGCACCCGGAUUUGGAAAGUGGCUGGGUGUCUUUUCGGAUACCUACACAGACCGUCACGCCAAUGGCUUGUACUCCAAGUUCAUGGCGGACAAGAUCCGACAGCGAGUCAAUGAUCCCGUUGUGGCAGAGAGUCUGAUUCCCAAGAACCAUGGCUUCGGCACCCGACGUGUUCCAAUGGAGAGUGGCUAUUUUGAGGCCUUCAACAAGCCCAACGUGCACCUUGUCGAUCUGCAAAAGACACCAAUUGACCGAGUCACACCAACUGGCAUCUUGACAAAUGAUGGUCAAGAGCACAAGCUGGACAUUUUGAUCUGCGCGACGGGCUUCAAUGCCAUCACAGGUGCUUUCAGUGCUAUUGAAUGGCAUGGCAAGGACAAUCGCCCUCUUAUCGCUACCAGCGAUAGCCCCAAGGGCGACCAGGCUAUUUGGGUUGAUCACAGGCCGAGCACUUUCCUCGGAAUGACAGUCCACAACAUGCCCAACAUGUUCAUGGUUCUUGGUCCUCAUCAACCCUUUGGCAAUGCCACGCGCAGCAUUGAGUUUGCUGUCAGGGUCAUCUCCAAAUUGCUGCAGCACUGCAAGGACAACAACUACAACUACGUCGAACCCACGCAAGAGUCUGUUGAUCAGUGGACGGACCACGUUGUCGAGUGUAGCAAGAGCCAGACGCUCAUGAAUGAGAUUGACAGCUGGAUGACUGGUGUCAACAAAAACGUCAAAGGCAAGACGGUCAGAAACGUCGCGAGGUACAGUGGGAGUGCAAUCGAGUUCCGUCGUCGGUGUGACGAGGUCAGAAAGUUGGGCUACAAGGGGUUUGUGUUUGCCUAG